GGGUGUCGGGAUCCGGUGCGGGUGCUGCGGGGAACUGCGGCGCGAGCUUCAGGUCUCCUAUGCUAUAGAGAGUUGUAAAGAGGUACGACCUCAUAUUGGUCUACUUCAUUCUCUUAGGACUUUGAAAUCACCUAAGGUAACAACAGAGGCAGCAAUGUUUCACUUCUUCAGAAAGCCUCCGGAACCUAAAAAGCCCUCAGUACCAGAGACAGAAGCAGAUGGAUUUGUCCUUUUAGGAGAUACAGCACACGAACAAAGAGUGGCAGCAAAAGGCAAAACUUCAGACGUAGAAGGCAACCAGCCUUUGGAGACCGGCAAAGAAAACUCAUCCAGUGUGACUGUAGCAAGCCCUGAGACGGAUAAUAAGGCAGGUCAGACUCUGGAAAACAGCUCGUUGAUGGCUGAGCUUCUGAGCGACGUACCCUUCACCUUGGCCCCACAUGUGCUGGCCGUGCAGGGCACCAUCAGUGACCUUCCUGACCACUUACUCUCCUGUGAUGUCAGCGAAAACUUAUCAAGGUUUUGGUAUGAUUUCACUCUUGAAAACUCAGUGCUCUAUGACUCGUAAUCUUUAUGUCUUUUUGCACCUUAACAGCUUCAAAACAAAAAAAGGCUGCCUAUUUUAUUUAACCUGUUGGAUGUUCUUUGCCAUUUCACUGUUGAAAGUCUUUCAAAGGGCCUCAGAAGUGCAAAGAUCAUAAAGCAAAUAAUAUUACAUUCAUGGCUCUAUUUUUAAAAAAUAAACCAUAUCUAUAUAAAAAUCAAACUUAAGAUCAACUUCCUUUCCCUCAAAUAAAUAGAAAAAUUAGGUUCUCAAGGUUUUAUGAAAGGAGUAGAUUCUGUCAACUGGUCUCUCAAAAUACAGCACCUCAGAUUUAUCUUAGAAGAGCUGUGAAAAAGAACUGAGGCAUUUUCCCUUAGUUACCACAACUCUGAAGCCUAAGCCUAGAGUGAGUGUGAAUUCUCUCCUCUGGUCUGAAUUAACAUUAUCCUCUUUCUGCUUCCACUGUGUUUAUAAAUGAAGUCAG